AUGGAAUUCAAAAUAGUUAUAUGUGAUGGAAAGAAUUCCCAAUGGGAGAUAGGUGCCAACAGAUUGAUAUAAAUUUUAAGCCAAUAGGUGAUUGUAAUUUUAACCUUUAAUUCACCGCCCAUUAUAAUCCAUAACAUCAGAAGACUAUUCUCAAAUAAUGAUUUAACAAAUAUUACUGAGUCCACUGCAAGAAAGGUUUCAAUACAUCUAAAAGAGAAAUUAUAUGAUUCAGAUGAGGACUCAGAUCAGGAAAUAGAAAGUGAAGAGAAUUCUUAGUUUUAUGAUGAAGAAACUUCUUUGGUUUCGAAUGAAUAGGUCUAGAGUAGUCCAAAAAAGGAAUCAAAUGAGCCAGAUUGUCAAGUUAACUUGGAAUCUAGAAGUUUUGAUCUUUGA